AUGGGCAGCCAGAGCUCUAAGGCUCCCCGGGGCGACGUGAACGCCGAAGAGGCAGCAGGCUCUUCCCCCGCCAAGGCCAACGGACAGGAGAACGGCCACGUGAAAAGCAAUGGAGACUUGUCCACCAAGGGGGAAGGGGAAUCGCCUCCCGUGAACGGAACAGAUGAGGCAGCUGGGGCCACCGGCGAUGCCAUUGAGCCAGCACCCCCCACCCAGGGCGCUGAGGCCAAGGGGGAGGCCCCCUCCAAGGAGACCCCCAAGAAGAAGAAGAAAUUCUCUUUCAAGAAGCCUUUCAAAUUGAGCGGCCUGUCCUUCAAGAGAAAUCGGAAGGAGGGUGGGGGCGAUUCCUCUGCCUCCUCACCCACAGAGGAAGAGCAGGAGCAGGGGGAGAUCGGUGCCUGCAGCGAGGAGGGCACUGCCCAGGAAGGGAAGGUUGUCGCCACCCCGGAGAGCCAGGAGCCCCAAGUCAAGGGGGCAGAGGCUGGUGCUGCCUCCAAGGGAGGAGACACGGAAGAAGAGGCAGGGCCCCAGGCUGCAGAGCCGUCCACUCCCUCGGGGCCAGAGAGUGGCCCUACACCAGCCAUGGAGCAGAAUGAGUAG